ACUGCUUAGGUUUUUGACGUUUAAUAUGUUGAGGGAAUUGAGGUUCAGAAAACAAAAACAAAUAAAAAGAAAAUCCGAUAUUCAAUUAAAUUACUCAACCUAAAUAUGUCAGGUUACACGAAUAACCAAUUUUGGGAAGGCACAGACCAAUAUAACCAAUAUGACGGUACUACCAAUUUCAUGAGUCAAUCACAAACGCUUGACUUUCAAUCUUUUGAUCAAUCUCAAUACGAUGCCAAUCAAUACUCGCAGCCUUCAGCAUAUAGAUCACCAAACAUUUUUACACCUCCACCUUCGAUGGAACAGGAAUAUGGUACGAGCGAAUUCGAUGAGGCACCACUUUUGGAUGAGUUGGAAAUCUACCCUACGAGGAUUUUGGAAAAAUCAUUGGCCGUACUAAAUCCCUUCCAUGCAAAGGGUUUAGCUGACGAUCCUGAAUACUUAUUUAAAGAGACGGAUUUAGCUGGUCCCAUAGCAUUUUGUCUCUGUCUAGCUGCAUGUUUAUUUCUGUCAGGCAAUAAGGCUCAAUUUGGAUACAUUUAUGGCUUAUCAAUAAUAUCUGUAAUUGUCAUGUAUUUUUUGAUCAGUCUUAUGUGCUAUACGCAGGAAAAUCAUGUAACUUUGUCAGCAGUGGCAAGCAUUUUAGGGUACAGCAUUUUACCUAUCGUUUGGCUAUCAAUUUUAGGUGUCUUUGUGUCAUUAAACUCUUCAUUUGGAAUAGUUCUUGCUAUUGUAGCUAUUGUUUUAUCCACUACGGCGUCCAGUAGAAUAUUUUGUCUAAUGACUGGAGAUGCUAACCAACGGUUUCUUAUUGCUUAUCCAUGUGGUCUGGUCUAUGUAAUAUUCGCCUUAUUGGUUUUAUUUUAAUUUAAAAUACUAAUCUUCAACAUGAAUAAAAUGAUA